AAGGCGCAGAAGAAAGAAUCAUGCUUUUACGUUAGUCGUGCGAAUGUUGGGACUGUGGAUUCUUAACACACGAGGAGGGGCAAACGAAGACAGCAGACUCGAGGUUUGGUAUAAUGUUGCAAUCGCAAGCCACAUCUCACAUGUCUUCUUCUACCUCCAUCAAAUCCUACGACGACGACGACGUUGUCAAUCGAUUUAUUUUACGCAAAGCAUUAUCGAUAUUUUAUGUUAACCGAUCGUGCCGUGUCAUGAAUGUUGAACUAAGAAGAAAAGGAAGAGAAAUAAAAAAGGACUUCAACUCGAACAUGUGGCGCGGGCACUGAGAGGUCAAUGAAUAGAGUUGUUUGCGGAGUGGAAUUGAGUACAUCAAACUCCAACAUGUCGUUUGGAUGGACAUUUGAGUACUUACUAUACGGCGACAAGAAGAAGAAGAAGAAGAAGAAGAAGAUGGGCAACAACCUCAGGUGCUGCUUGGCUUGCGUCCUCCCCUGCGGCGCCUUCGACGUGGUUCGAGUCGUCCACCUUGACGGCCAGGUCGAGGAGUACUACAGCCGCCGCCACGUCUCCGCCGGGGAGAUCAUGGCGGCAAACCCCGACCACUUCCUCAUCCGGCCAUGCUCUCAGGGCGUGGCGCGUCGGACCUUGGUCGUCCCGGCGGAGUCGCAGCUCAAGCGAGGCCACAUCUACUUCCUCGUUCCCACCUCGACGUCGCCGACGCAGCGGAAGCAGAAGAAGAGCGAUAGGCGAGAGAAGCCUGUGAAGAACGCACCGAGCAUCGAUGUCGCGCCAAGUGAGGACCACGGUUGCCUGGCGGCGGAGAAGAAGCCACGCCGCUGGAGCGGUCGGGUCGGAGCAUGGCGGCCGCGUCUGGAGAGCGUUCGUGAAGAGAACUCAUGAAGAGUCGGGAAGGCAUUAAUUGGAUGGGUGCGUGCUGUUCUUGCAUGAACAAAAGAAGAGCAAACUUGAUAGGAAGAGGCCAUCACAGUCUCGAUCAUUCUCUUUCUACCUGUCGUCUGGUGUUCGUGCUUUACCUCAAACUACUAAACAUGCAACCAAUUAGCAAACCGGAUUACGUAAAGCUAUUGCAGCUGCUGAUGACCCAAUUCUUGGCAUCGAAUUCUUUGGCUUACUCCUGCAAUCAA